AUGAGAUGUGAAAAAAGUAAUUAUCCAGAAGAUCCUAAUAUUGUUUUUAAAGAUAAUUCUCAAAUAUUUAAGUAUCGCAUUAUUAAAAAAGGUGUAUAUCCACCAAAACAUAAACUUAAAUAUACUCGACGUCCUGCAAAGUAUCCUAUACCACAUAAUUAUAUUGUUCAAACUAUGUAUUUGAAAAAAAAUUAUGUUGUUGAGUACUUGAUAUGCUACGUUGAUGAUAAACCAUUAUAUCAAAUACUUUUUGGAAAAGAUUUAGAAAAAUCUGUAGAGUCGGAUCAAUCACCUUCUUAUGCUGCAUAUUUAUAUUGUAAGGAAUUGACCAAAGAUAUUUCAAAUAAAAAUAUUAAUGCAAAUAGCAAGCUCUCCGGUCUACUUCUUUUUGGCUUGCGGUAUAAAAGUGUAGAGGCUAUUUGCAAGACAUUGCCAUCAAAUAAGUUUGUACAAAUAAAACUAUUUCAUAAUUAUAGUGCAUCAACACAACGAAAACGCAUAUUAGGUUUAAGAGAACAGUUACAAGAAUUCAUAGAAGAAGAAAAGGAGAAUUUUUUUCAUCCAAAUGAUAGCAUU